AUGCAUUCGUUCACCAUUGCUCGCCAGCUGCUCGAUUCGGGUGGAUGCAAAGUCUAUUUGACAGAUGAGGAGUUUGCAGUCUUUCAACAUGUAGCAGCAAACAAGCAGACUUGGGACGCAUUCUGGACUGCUCCCAAAGACACUCUAAAGAAGAUGGAGCCAAAAGCUAAUUUAUUGGUGCACGCCGAACAAGUGCGAGGUGAUUAUCCUCACUCGGCAAGAUUCUAUAGUGUAGCUGCUCUUCGUAUUCGAGCAAUGAUAUCCGAACAGUCCUUGGUCAAUUUGGUCCCGAUCCCUGAUUCUGUAUCGGCUCUGAUCGUGCCUAAUGAUAUCAAUGAUCUACCGAAAGCCUGGUCCAGUGUCGAUCGUGACGAUAGAGUAAAUUAUGGAGUCCUGCUUCCCCAUGUUUCAAAUGGUAUCAGCCUUGUCUUGUUCAGCCCGUAUGCCCCGAUUUUGACAUUCUUGCUCUUUACAUUUAUGGUAGAUCCUCAUUCUCUCACAAUCCCCAUUGACGACAUGUACUAUACGCUUGAAUACAAUUUGGAAGUUAUGGAAGGCUACGAAGCUCUGAAAGACCGAGCAGUCUUGGAAGCGUCCAUCGAAGAAAAAGUGCCAGUGAGAAAUGAACCAACACCUAUACUUCGAAAGGCUGCUCCUCCUCCAAAGGCUGCUCCUGUUGUGGAUGUUCAUGAUAGUAUAAAGUAUCUUCAUGAACUAAUUGCCAAAGUAGUCGACGAACCAAAAUCGCAAGAGUUGCAGUCCUUGUUGCAUAAGGUUCGCCCAAGCAAAUCGAAAUGGGCAAGUACCGAAAGACUUGGUCAAGAAGAUCUAUACGAAGCAUGCGAAAUGGUGCUGAAUGAGCUGAAAGGUUACACGGAUCAUUCAACGCCAUUUAUGAAACCAGUCAGCAAGAAGGAAGCUUGGAACUACUAUGAUAUCGUCAAGAAGCCUAUGGAUUUGGGGACUAUGACAAAGAACCUCAAGAACAAGCUGUAUCUGAGUAAACAGGAUUUCUCAGAUGAUCUUUACCUCAUUUGGUCCAACUGCAUGUUAUACAACACUUGGCCGGAGAGUCCAUUUCGCAAGCAUGCCUCAGCAAUGAAAAGGAAAAGCACAGAGCUACUGAGAAAAGUGCCAAAUAUUGUGGUCAAAGUCAUACCAGGAGAAGAAGAUUAUGAAUCCGAGGAUGACGAUGACAAGGACGGCAGUGUAGCCGAUCGAUCAGAAUCAAAUGCUACAGGUGUUCCUGAAGUCGCAGGUUCUAGAUUCUUAAUGACCACAUCCACCGCACCUGAACCGACACCGCAAGCCGAAACACCCGCUGCUCAAGCAGAUACACCAGCACCCAUGGACAUGGAUGAUGAUACAGGCGUUCCAGGAACACCAGUAUCUCAAGGAAAUGUCAUGGACGUAGAUGAUGGUGGGGCAGAUGAUGGAGGUACAUCACCAAAGGCCUCUAAGGCACCUGUAUUCGGUGAUGCUGGCAAUGAAGAUGGAGGCGAUGGUACUGAAGGUGGUGGUGAGACUCCUAGAGGGAGCUCAUUGCCCCCUGUCGAAAUCGAUGAGCCCACCGAAGGAGAUUCAGAGAGCGUGCAACCACUCAACCCUCUAGCACGACGGAGUUCCAGUUUAGCUGAGUCAAUUAUCAAGAUCGAAGAGCCAGAGGUGGAUAUUCGUGUACAGCCCACCAAGGAUGACGAUUCGUUUCGUAUGAUGCAAGCAACUAGAGCAGAUGACGAUCUGGUAGAUGAUGGCGGCCUUCAAAUAUCGCAUUGGAAGAAGGCUACAUUGGAAGUGAGGAGUCAUCAAUGGACGGAGCGAGGACGCCGACUCGCUAUGCCAGUGGAAGAUCGAAAAUCUUUGCAACCAUCAGCCGAUGAAGUGAAUGCGUCGUUUGAAGGAGAUCUGUUGUAUUUGGCACGAAAUCGUCAUCGACGAAUAGGUCGUGCGGACGAUGAAGGAAAUGGUCCUGACAUAGCCUAUAUCCCUGAGCUUUCAAGGGUGCCAAUAGGGAUUCCAUGCUUGCGAAAGUUAGCAUUAAACCGAGUAGUAGAUGAAUCGGCAGUCAAGUUUUAUAAUCUCGAAUCUACAAUGCAAGCACGGCAAUCACAACCACAUCUAUCAGAUUAUCCGAAUUUACAACCACCAAUGAGUAGGCUGGUGACGAUGUUUGCUCAAAAUAAGAAGGAUUUACGAAAAGUCAAGCAGAUGGCUUCUCGCAUUGCUUCUAGGCAGUCAGGAGCUUCUGGUACAGAGCUCCCUGUACCACGGAAGAGGAGGCAACGUUCCACGACAGAGUCUUUGCCACCUAUAAAUCUCGACUGUGGUGCUGCUGGUUUUGCCUUGAGACAAAUUGUAUCCGAUUUACUGAUUCACGCUGGCUUUGACAGUAUGUUUGCAUUCGCGGUUGGCGGUGCAUUUCUUUUAGCUGAUGUGAAACGUCUUUGGGUGGUUCAGUAUUACCUCUUACAAGCAAACACCUCUGUAGGUGCUCAUAUGUCGGCGGUGUCUGUCUUGACCGACAUUCUAAUAACGCACUUCGGAAAUCUGGGUCAAUCACUUCGUAUGUAUAUAGACAAGUACGGACGAAGCAUGCCAAGUGACGAGAUACUUCUUCACACCUUGGAAGAGAACGGUACUAGUACUGAUGCUAUGGAUUCGUAUAUACGGAAUGACAUUCUCCGAUAUGGUGAUAGGCUAGUAGGUCUGCAAAAGAAGCUUGAGACUGUGUAUCGUCGUAUAGAUCCUGACACUGGAAAUGCCAAAUAUGACGAAUUUGAUGUCGAGGAAUGGAUAUCAGGUGCCGUCAGUGACGAUAUAGGAGCAGAUUUAUUAUGCUUGCGAGAAUUAGACGUUGGAGUCGAUGUGAUUCCGAUAGACGUAUGGAAUCGUAAUGCAGAGCAUCCACUUCGACCCCGUCGCAGUGAAAGCCGGUUUGAUUCUCCACGUUUACCAGCUAAUGCUCAUAUAUUGCGAAGUGGUAAAUACGAGUCACCUGAACCAUGGCCCAUAGCAGAUCCAGAUGAACAAAUCGGAUUACUAUCCAACUUUUUCAGUAGCCGAGCAUCUCAACCUGAUGGUCUUAUUGAUGAUGAAGCUCGACAGCCACCAGCACUGAGUAGAGGUAAAUUAUCACUAAAGCUAGCACAGACUGUACGCAGGAAACCUCUAGAAACACUGGUCAAGAAAAGGCCGGUUGCUCCUAUAUCAACAGUACCCAAUGGAGCUAUGAUCAAUACUACGCUAUCGACGCCUGUAUCAGCAGAAGAUUCCUCGAGUAAGAAGAAGAGGCCAGAUAGUGAGGAUGUUGUGGUUGAAGCUGAUGUCAAGAAUAAGAGAGCUCGUCGUCCUCCAAAGCGAGUUGCCGAGUGA